AUGUUAUGUAACUCGAAAUUUUCAUUACUGAAUCGUCGUCAUCAUUGUCGAGCUUGCGGUCGUGUAGCAUGUGGGUCGUGUUGUAAAGAACGAGCCGUUCUGCAGUAUAUGAAAGACGAGCCAAAAAAGGUUCAUUAA